AAAAAUGAUACAGAUAGUAUUACAGAGCAAUCUGAAACACAGGAACAUGUUAAGGAAAGUGACAAGUAUUCCUCUGCUGGAGAGAUUGAAGAUUCUGAUGUUGCUUAUGAUCCUGAGGAUGAAUCACUUUUCAAUGAAAUUCAAGAGGAUGUAUUUCAUGUUGGGACUCGUGAUUCAUCUUUGGCUGGAACAGAGCAUAGUACCAGUCGCAAGAGCAGUCCAAUGAAUAACCAAAGCAGAAAGCGGAGGCUAUCACCAAAGAGGCGCAGUCAUCGUGAAAGAGACAGACAUAGAAGUCCUUCAAGAAGAUCACAGAGGCGUUCUCCUUCUCAUUCCCGUAGGCACCGAGCAAGAGAUAGACACAGAAGAAGUGAAAGGGAGAGGUCAGGUCAUAGAGCUAGAGACCAGUCUGAACGCCAGGGUCACCGUAGAGAGCGGACCGCUUCUCGACAUUCUCGUGGACAUAGGAGAUCCCCAUCCUCUCAAAGAAAAAAGAUUCUGAGUCCCUUUAGCAAAACAGCAUAG